CCUGAAUCCUGAUCUCUUUAUGAUGCUCAGAUACAGGUGUUGGUCACACAUAAUUCACAGCAUUUCCCCUUAUGACAAUGAACUGUACGUAAGACCUCUCUCUAUCUCUCUCUUUGUUUAGGCUCCUUUUACUGUGAAGAUCACGUACAAUACACGUUACGGCGUUUGCCAGUAAAGAAGAAACAUUAUAAUAAUAUCUGACAAAUUCACUUACUGAACAAGACAAUGUCUGACAAGAACCAAACCUCAGACCUUUCUGAGGCACACGGAGAUGCAGAUGACACUGAUAUAGUGAAAGUUGAAAUAACAGAAGAUCUGUGGGUGAGGCAUCAACUGGAAGCAUCAGAUGAGGAAUCCAGCGACAGUAUCAGCUCAGAUGAAGAUAACACUGAUAUAAUGAGAUUUGAGAUAACAGAAGAUCUGUUUACGUGUGAUCAGGUGAAGACUGAGGAGGAUGAAGUUCCUAUAAAUACGGCUACAGAUGAAGUUUUAAAAAAUUCAGAACCAACAGAAAACCUGAGUAUUAGUAAUCUUGACCCUCCGAAGCAAGAAAUUUGUGGUAGUAUUUGCACAGCAGAUCAAUCGAUGAGCCCAGGCAGUCAUUGUCAAGAAUGGAGUUCAGAUGAUUCUUUCAGUUUCUCUAAAGAUCCACAAAACCACAUGGUGAAUAAACCAUUUUUAUGUUUUGUAUGUGGAAAACGUUUUACCCACAAAUCACAUCUUCUUACUCAUCAGAAAAUUCAUACAGGACAAAAAGAAUUUUCAUGUUUUUUAUGUGGCCAAUGUUUUAUCCAGAAAAUACACCUUGUUGACCAUCUGAAAAUUCAUACAGGAGAGAAAGCAUUUUCUUGUUUUGAAUGUGGGAAAUGUUUUACCCAAAAAUCAAAUCUUAUUAGACAUCAGAACAUUCAUACAGGAAAGAAAGCAUUUUCAUGUUCUGAAUGUGGGAAAUGUUUUAACCAGAAAACGCAUCUUAUUACUCAUCAGAAAGUAUACAAACAUGAGAAAUCAUUUCCCUGUUCUAUAUGUGGAAAAUGUUUUACACAGAAAUCAGUUCUUAUUGAUCAUCUGAAAAUUCAUACCGGAGAGAAAGCAUUUUCAUGUUCUAUAUGUGGGAAAUGUUUUAUCCAGGAAUCUGUUCUUAAUGACCAUCUGAAAUUUCAUACGGGGGAGAGAGAAUUUUCAUGUUUGGAAUGUGGAAAAAGUUUUAAAUUGAAGUCAUGUCUUUUUAGACAUCAGCAAUAUCAUAAAGAGGAAGAUGUUUCAUGUUCUGAAUGUGGGGCAUGUUUUAAUCAGAAAUCAAAACUUAUUGCUCAUCAGAAAAUACAUAAACGUGAGAAAUCAUAUUCUUGUUCUAUAUGUGGGAAAUUUUUUACACAGAAAUCACAUCUUAAUACACAUCACAAAAUUCAUACAGGAGAGAAAGCAUUUUCAUGUUCUGAAUGUGGGAAAUGUUUUAGCCAGAAAGCGAAUCUUAUUGCUCAUCAGAAAAUACAUAUACGUGAGAAAUCAUUUUCAUGUUCUGAAUGUGGGGAAUGUUUUGCAUUGAAGCCAGAGCUUGUUAAUCAUCAAAAACUUCAUACUGCAGAGAAAGUAUUUGUGUGUAAUGAGUGUGGGAAAUGUUUUACAAUGAAAUCAAGACUUAGUACACAUCAGAAAAUUCACACUGGAGAGAAAGCAUUCUCAUGUUCUGACUGUGGGAAAUGUUUUAACCAGAAAGCAAAUCUUAUUGCUCAUCAGAAAAUUCAUACAGGAGAGAAAGCAUUUUUAUGUUCUGAAUGUGGGAAAUGUUUUACUCAUAAAUGGGUACUUAUUAGACAUCAGAAAAUUCAUACAAAAGAUAACUCUAAUAGUUGAUGGUAAGGUAAGCCCACUUUAGUAAAUGUUAAUGUUUCCUCCCUGUCUGAUGGAAAUGGAAGCAAUAUUUGUAAAUGGUCUAUGACCAGAAAGAGUUUGUUAUGCAUGGUGUUAGAUAAGUAGUAAUAUACAUAGCCCUGUAGUAUAAUGAAUACAACACACUUCAACUCAGUGCUUUUUCUGAUGCAUUCUUGUAGCAUUGGGGUUUGGGACUUUUAUCAGCUGACAUGUCAGUUGUAUAGACACUGUAUACAGUUAGGUCUGAUAAGUAUUUGGAUCGUUACACAAUCUUCAUAGUUUUGGCUCUGUACACCAUUACAAUAGUAUUUAAAUAAAGCCAGUAAGAUGUAAUUGAAGUGCAGACUUUUAGCUUUAAUGGUUAAGAAGUACAGCAGUUUUCAUAUAUAGUCCCCCCAUUGUCAGAGGAUCAAAACUAACAUAAUUAUAAAAAAUAUUUUGUAAUGAAUGACUGCCUAAAGUCUGGAACUCAUGGGCAUCACAAAGUUGUGUGUUUUCUACCUAGUGAUGAUUUGCCAUGCCUUCACAGAAGCUAUCUUAAAUGUCUGCUUGUUUGUAAAUGUUUAUGCCUCCAGCAAGUGAAAUGCAUAUUCAAUUGGGUUGAAGUCAGUUAACUACAACAAUAUUCCACUCUCUUCCUUAAAAAGCUAUUUGAUUGCAGUAUAUUUUGGAUACAUUUAUGCGUACUGUAAAGUGCUAUCUUAUACUUUUUGAUGCAUCCUGCUACUUCUGUCAGAAGUCACAUCAUAAAUAAACACUAGUGUCCAGUUACGCUGGCAACCUUACAUUCCCUUAUCAUUACAUUACCUCCACCAUGUUUCACAGUUGAUUUAAUGUGUGGUUCAGAUCAUUAGCUGUUUAUUCCAUUUUCCAUACACUUCUCUUCCCAUAAGUCUGGUACAGGUUGGUUUUUUAGCUGUCUUAAGGAUAUUUGCUUUUUUGACAAAGUCUAAUCUGGUUUUCCAAUUUUUGAGGCUUUCAAAUGGUCUGCAAUUUAUGGCAAACCCUCUGUAUUUACUUCAUGAAUUAUUCUCUAUUAAGUAGACUUGAUUUGCUACCUCCCUAAGAAUUUUCUUGACUUGGCUAGAUGCUGUGAAGGUUUAUUUUUUUAUCACUAAUGAAAGAAUUUAGAGAAUAUCCAACAUAGUUGUCUUCCAUAGUUGUUCAGGCCUUUUAGUGUUGCUGAGCUCACCAGUUCAUUCCUUUAAGAAUAUAUGAAAUUGUUGAUUUGGAUACUCCUAAUAUUUCUGGUAUCUCUCUGAUGGGUUUGUUUUAUUUUUUCAGCCUACUUGCUUUACUUGCAUUGACAGUUCUUUUGGCCUCAUUCUGAUAGUUGACAGUAACAACUUGCAAAUGCAAAUUUCACAUUUGAAAUCAAAUCCAGACAUUAACUACUUAAUUGUUAAUGAAAUAACAAGGGAACAGCCCACAUUUGGCCAUAAAAAACUUCUCAGUAAAUUGUCCAGUUACUUUUGGUUCCCUGACAAGGAGGAAACUACAUAAUUACCCUCAAAUUGAGUCUGCACUUUAAAGGACAAGUCUAGUCAAAAGUAAACUUUCAUUAUUCAGAUAGGACUUGUAAUUUUAAUCAACUGUCCAAUUUACUUUUAUUAUCAAAUUUGCUUUGUUUUCUUGUUAUUUCUUGAAACUAAACCUAGGUAGGCUCAUAUGCUAAUUUCUAAGCCCUUGAGGGCUGCCUCUUAUCACAUGUUUUUUAAAUUGCUUUUCACAACAAGAGACUGUGGGCCAUAUAGAUAACUCCCCGUGCCUGAACACAGUGUUAUUUAAGAGUUAGCACAACACAAUGCUAAAUGCAAUCAAUAGCUUUUAUAUAGUCACAGUCAUGUGAUCAGGGGGCUGUCAGAAGGUUUCAAAAGGGUAUAAAGGAUGGCGCAUUAACUGCU